GGGAAGGAGCGCCUUUUACCCUUCACUGGCUACGACCGGUAACCGCUCUAGUGCAUGUUAUCAUCACUCUAUAUUUGGUCAAUGUUGUAUUGCUUUUCUAGACACGCAUGGGACCUUGGAUUUUGCGCACAAACUCAUGCAUGCGCUUUUAAAUAUAAAGACGGUGCUUAGUUCUUUGAACCGAAGGUGGUAUAUCCUCUUCCUCCAGAGGCAUAUGCAUUAGACACGGGAGCACGGGAGUGCAAUUCUGGUCACGGACAGCGCAUUUCACAGAGGGAAGGCUGUCCCGAUAUUUACUACGGAGGGACUGUCACCUGAGUAGCGACAGGCGACAAGCGACAAGCGGGCACCUGCAGUAGGAUGUAGCGACAUUCUCCUGCUACUUCCCCGUGGACGCCCACCACAGAAGUGCUGCCCCUGUCCGGCCACCCGUGAGAAGGCUUGGGCUAUGGGUGCCUGCGUUUACGGGCCCUGCUAUGCUUGAGGGAAGCAGGAAGCGACCAUGGAGACCGACAGUUACGGCCAGCAUCCGGAAACCAGCGAUGGGUUGGCCAGGGUGGCCGGGGAGGAAGGCCCAGAGGGCUCGGCUGGGGCGGGCCUGGAUUCGGGCUGGUACCUGCCGUACCCAGUCAGCUUCCAGGCUUCACUCACCAGCUUCCUCAUGCUGGAGCUCAUCCUGGGCUUCAGCAGCAACCUGACGGUGCUGGUUCUCUACUGCGCCCAGUCCAACCUUGUUGACUCGGUCAGCAACAUGGUGACGGUGAACCUGCACGUGCUCGAUGUCAUCGUGUGCGUGCUCUGCCUGCCGCUGACGGUGGUGGUGGUCCUGCUCCCGCUGGGCCGUGACCUGGCGCUGCUCUGCUGCUUCCAUGAGGCCUGCGUCACUUUUGCCAGUGUGGCCACAGCCAUCAACGUGCUGGUCAUCAGCGUGGACCGCUACGACAUCUCCGUGCGGCCGGCCAAUCGGCUGCUGACGCCCCGCCGGGCCGCCCUUCUGCUCACCGCGGUGUGGGCCAUCUCGCUCGCCGUGUUCUUCGUGCCCUUCCUUGAGGUGGAAUUCCUCUCGGGGCUGUCGGACGAGGGCGAGCAGGCCUGGCGUAAUCGGACGCUACUGUGCGUGGGAGGCCCUGGCUACCCAGCCGUGGAGCUGACUGGCUACUACCACCUGCUACUGGAGGUGCCCAUUUUCUUCACCGCGGUAGUGGUCAUGCUGGUCACCUACUCCAAGAUUCUGCGGGCUCUCAACAUCCGCAUCAGCUCCCACCUUCGCAAGAGUCAGCGUCCUCGCAGCUUGGGCUGCAGGGGGCGCCGUCUGCGCCGAAGGCGGAAGGGUUCGGCAGCGGGGGAGAAAGACAGGGGGAGGGCAGAGUCUUCCAGCCAAGGUCAGCGCCUCUCGCAGCCUCCUCUAAUUCCCUCCCCCACGCCAACAGCCACCUCACCUCCUCCCAUGUCCUCGGCGCCCCUAGUGGCAGCUGAUGGAACUGCGGGAGAUGCCACCCCUGGCCCCAUCCCGACAUCCAUGGGGGUGCACGCUUCCGUAUCGGCCAUCAUCGCGCUGCGACGGGCCGUCCGCCGACACCGGGACCGGCGAGAGCGGCAGCGGCGUGUCUUCCGCAUGUCGCUCAUCAUCAUCUCCACCUUUCUGGGUUGCUGGGCACCCAUCUCGGUGGUGAAUGUACUCAUCCUGAGCCUGGGUCCCAGCCAGCACCUGGUGCGCCUCCGCCUCUGCUUUCUGGCGGCCGCCUACGGCACCACUAUUUUCCACCCGCUGCUGUACGCCUUCACGCGGCAGAAGCUGCGCCGUGCACUACGCACCCGGGUCAAGAAGCGCGUUGUGUCGCUGCUGCAGGUGGACCCCGCCCCCAGCGGCACCGUCAUCCAUAACUCAUGGGUGGAUCCUCGCAAGGGGCGCAAGCAACGGCAGGAGGGCAGCGACGCCACAGACCGCUGCCUCACGGAGGCGGUGCGCGAGUGAGGCGGCACGGCGCUGCGCCACCAUGUCCGCGCGUCCCGUGUCCGUACAUCUGUGCUUCCGGUGCGUGUGCUUGCCUACACGUGUGUGCGCUUCAGGGACUAAACAUCCGACAGCUGAUACAUUACAGCUGAAUCAGGGUCUGUAAAUCUUCCAAUAAAAUCCAAAGCAGUUUACGAGCAACGUCAGUUACGGAUUUAUGGACAGCGUUUCGUUUUUACUUUUAAGACAGAGAGUUUACAUCCCACACUGGUGUCCUGAGUGAGUGAGUGAGUGUGGUGGUUCCUCAUGAUCCUGCCCGAGAUCAGCAGGAUCUACAGGUUUGCCAAUGAAUUCCCACUCUCCCUGAAAACAUGCUUAGUAUUCUUCAGGUAGAGCUAGUAGCUAUGGCGAUCCAUGCACAGGAUAUAUCACAUUAUACAAUAAAUCGACCUACUAAAGUUACAAGGUGACAGACAAAUGUGCAGCACCAGCGAUGCAUGUAUGAUCACACGCAUGGACACCCAUUUAAGAGCCUGGAUGACUCGGGGAAGUGUACAUUUAUUAUCUGAUGUGCAGGUCUGGUUGGUAGGAAGGUGAGAAGUGUAUUCAGUUCUGUAUUUUCACUCUUUUUACACUCUUGAUUGAUGGUUGCUAAUUUUUAUUCAAGAGUACAAAGUGCAUAGCAUUUGAAUGGGGACAGAGCAAUCUAGACAGCAGGAACCCAAAUGUAUCUCACAGAACCUCCUAAAUAAGAAAUCAUGUUCAUUUUGUUUAAAGCACAGUGGGGGACAUUUGUAAGGCACCAUUCUGAAGAGAUAUUGAUCUCUGAAUAUGUUAGGUAAGAAAUAUUGUGAAAUAACUUCUGCCAGUAUCUCUGGUUUAGUUUCCAACACACAAUGUUAAUAGGAAAAUUAGGGCCUAAAGUGAAUAAAUACUUGAAAAUACAAAGGACUUGAAAUAGCUCAGUGUUACUCGACUGUUUUUUGUGCUGCGGUGGUAAAUACUAUUGCCCUAAUAAUGUUUACUUUUCACAGUCACCAUUUUAGGGACAAUAUGAAGACAAGAAGCUAACAGCAGAUUAGCAGGUUAGCUAAGUAGAAAUCUCUUAGUGGGUUAUACUGUAUAUUUAGCAGACUCAAAUGUAAUUACAGGUGAAAAUUGUGCAUGGAAAUAGUUUUGUUAAAAUGGUACACCUGUUCCAAAGUUAUAUAUGUCCAAACAGAAUUAUCACAAUUGGUCAAUCCAGUUCUAAAAGCUUUAGAAGGUGCACUAGGUAUGUGAGAUAAUGUUAAUUAAUACCCAUAUCACAAUUAAAAAAAAAAAAGUUUGCUGGUACAGUGAAAUUUUCUGAGCUGUUUUGUGAAAUUUACAUGUCAGCUCAAUGUAACCACUUUGUAGAGGGCUGAAUGAUUUUGAUCAAUCUGGUAAUUUUGUAUUUUUGUUUGUCCAAGGGACAGCAGUCUGUACACUAUAUAUCUUGUGAUAUUAAUUACCAAAAGAAAAAAUUACCAGAUUAGUUGCUACGUAUCAUUUGCUCUUUGAAACACUGUACAUAAGGCGAGAAAAUGAUAUGUACUUAAAAUCCUGUGCUUGGCUGUUGAGAAGUUUGUGAUCAAGAUGAGACCUUAGA